UGUCGGGUAGUCAUCGGGUACGUCGUGUUUCUUUCGGGUUGCUGUACUUUUUGAAACAAGCAUCGCCGAAAAAUUUGGGGUCCAGCACUUUCGUUUGCUCCCCCAAAUGGCUUGUUUGAAUACCCUUAAACAGGAGAUUAAAACUCUUGAGUCCGUCUUCCCUAAGAGCCAUGAGAGAUUUCAGAUAAUGUCUGCGAGUGUGGACGAACUCAGCUGCAGAUUCGUCGGUAAAAAUGGGAAGAAAUACGAAAUACACGCCAAUAUUACAGAAACCUAUCCUUCUACACCACCAGUAUGGUUUGCAGAAUCAGAAGAAACAAGUGUUACAAAUGCGGUACAAAUUUUAAGUACUACUACAGGCCGUGACAACCAUGUUAUUAACCAAGUUGGGAUUCUCUUGAAAGAAUUAUGUAGACUCCAUUCAUUACCUGAACCACCUGAUGUUGAACGGUUAAGGACAGCUUUGGAUCCAUUACGUUUAGGAGGAUCAAAUGAAGCUACAGCACAAAGAAUGGAAGCUGAAGAUGCUGAAGAUAUUGAAGAUGAUGAAGAAAGUGAUGCAGAAGAAGAUCUUCAUUUAGAUAUGGAUGAAGGAGAUGCCAAUGCAAAGAGUAAGGGUGAAGAAAUAGAAUUGGAACAUCUUGCAACAUUAGAAAGGUUGAGACAAAAUCAAAGACAAGAUUACUUAAAAGGAUCUGUUUGUGGCAGUGUGCAAGCCACAGAUAGACUUAUGAAAGAAUUGCGUGAUAUUUACCGAAGUGACAGUUUCAAAAAAGGAAUGUACAGCAUAGAAUUAGUAAAUGACAGUUUGUAUGAAUGGAAUGUCAGGCUGAUGUGUGUUGAUCCUGAUUCACCUUUACACAGCGAUCUCAUACUUCUAAAAGAAAAGGAAGGCAAAGACAGUAUUCUUCUUAACAUGCUUUUUAAGGAAACUUAUCCAUUCGAACCUCCCUUUGUUAGAGUUGUGCAUCCCAUGAUCUCUGGUGGUUACGUCCUUAUAGGAGGCGCUAUUUGCAUGGAACUUCUAACAAAACAAGGUUGGAGUUCAGCCUACACAGUAGAAGCAGUCAUCAUGCAAAUUUCCGCAACCUUAGUGAAGGGAAAAGCACGCAUACAAUUUCAAGGACCGGGUAGUGCUAGCAAAGUGUGUGGGCAAGGUCAAUAUAGUCUAGCACGUGCACAACAGUCAUUCAAGUCUCUUGUACAAAUACACGAAAAAAAUGGUUGGUUUACCCCUCCAAAAGAGGAUGGCUAAUGAACAUGAAUCACGGAGAAAGAAAAGUUUGUCGCGUGCUUACAGCUGAGACUUUAAUUCGGUGUGUGCCCAACAAAUAAUUGUUACGAUAAUGAUUUGAUACACAAAACACAACAUUAACUAGGUAACUUAAGAUACUGAAUUAAUCUAACGCGUAAUUCCUUUGAUGGCUGAAAAGGCUGCCGCGCAAACAGUGAAGUGUUUGAUUCUGUAUGCAUAGAUUUUUCAGUAAUUAGUGAUUAGAUCGCCAAUCGCAUUUGUGAGAUAUAAUCAUUUUUAUCUGGAAUUGAUUCUUAUGUUCGGAAUUACUAAGAAUCUUAAUUAUUCCAAAUAAUAUUAAUCUUAGUUCUUUUUUGUGAGUACACAUGUUGUACGUACGUACGAAACAGUGUAAACAUUCUGUGAAAUGCGUUUGCGCAAUCCGUGCUUCCUUCCUUUCAAUAGAAGGAACAGGAUGGUUAGCAACUUAGAUAGUUAUAUUGACAAUUUUUCUAAGUGUUUUUUUUUUUAUCAUUGUGAGCUUUCCUUUGUUCCAUUCUAUCUAAUUGUAUUUUAAUUCUUUUAUUCAUUGUGCAAUUCAUAAGUAAGUUGUUUGGAUAUAUUUGUUAAAAGUAAACAGUAAACGAAUCUAAUGUAAGAAUAGCGAUGUUUCUGGGGGUAAAGCGAGUUUUGCUGUUACCUUUUGUAUUUAUUCGAUAUUUCAUUUAUUAAUAAAUAUGAUUCAAUAUGAACGAGCACACAACUAAAUCAUCACAUUUUGAAAUAUAAUCUGAAAUAAAACACAAUUUGGAGAAUAUUAAUGUCACAUAUAUUACUUUAAAAGAUAUACUAUUAGUUAUAAUUUUUUCUUUAAAAUUCCAUGUAUUACAAAAACUAACAAUUCAUUAAUGAUUUAAUUUUUCAGAAUUAUAAGAUCGUAAAUUUUUUUUGUAUUGAAGAAAAUAUAUAAUAUAUUUUUUUCUUAUUAGAUAUUAAAACGAUAGAUGUACAUAUUUCAAUACUUUUCGUUGCUCUAUAUAUUUCUUAAUUAUUCAUAUUUAAUUU